GAUAAGCCCUUUUCCAAGUCCUUUAUAAAAUGGGGUGCGACUUGCAGCAUACAGGGCAGACGUAAUUCGACUGUGGCAACGGCUGAGAAACUCAUUUUGCAUUUGCCAUUCUAGAACGUAAUCCUAAAGGCGAAGCCUUUUGUGCGCUUCCUACGCUGCUAUGGUGCUUCCGUGUAUUGGCGCGACCAUCGCCACCGGCAUCGGCACCUUGGCAGGCCUAUCGCUUGGGCCAUACAUCUUUUCAGCCCUUACAAAGCCUACAAGUUAUCAUGUCCUGCGCGAGGAGGUAGACAGCGAUGACACAGUCGCAGCGCCCGACCCAGGCCUCCUUGUGAAGUCGGAGUUCCGCCGAGCCCUGCCACUGCUGGAGCCAUGGGUGACCGACCCAGAUUACGAGCGGGUGGCCAUGUUGAACCGGCUGGUGGGCACGCUGUGGCCCGCGCUCACGCAGGCCAUCAUGGAGCAGCUCAUCCGCGGGGACGUGUACAACAAGUCCGUCUACCCGCAGCUCAAGGAGAAGGUCUUCGACAAGUACCCGUUCAUUGAGGACAUCUUCCUGGGCAACCAGUCGCUGCGGCACGGCUCCCCCGCCGACCCCACCUCCUCACCGCACUCCUUCCUGGCCGGCAAGCUGUUCGGGCUGGGGGCUGUGGCUCCCCGGCUGGGCGGCAUGCGGGUGGCGCCCACCGCGGAUGAUGAGGUGCUGCUGGAGACGAGCGCGCUGUGGGGCAGCAGCGCCACGCUGGACGUGAGUGUGGUGCUGCGGCUGGGGCGGCUGCGGCUGGUGGUUCCGCUGCAGCUGGCCAACCUGAGCUUCAAGGCCGACGUUCGUGUGGUUCUGCGCCCCCUGGUGGAAAAGUUCCCCUGCCUGGGCGGCGUGAGCAUCUCGCUGCUGCGGCUGCCCCAGCUGGACUUCUCGCUGCGGCUGCUGGGCGGGGUGGACCUCAUGGCGCUGCCGCUGGUGCCGCAGAUACUGCAGGCGGCACUCAAGGUUGUGUUGGAGCCCGUCACGCUGCCGCUGCUGAACCGGCCGCUGGUGCCGGGGCUGGGGCUGGUACACCCCAACGCGGCGGCCUUCCCCGUCAUGCCCAAGUUCGGACUGCCCGACCCGCCGCCGGGGGCGCUGAGGGUGACGAUCGAGGAGGUGGAGAUCACCCGCGGCGGUGACGACCUUUACUGCCGUGUGGAGGUACGGCGGGGGCGCUUCAAGCAGACCAAGACCAUUCCCAACAACCGCAACCCCAAGUUCAAUGAGGAGUUCGCACUGAUUAUCGACUCCAUCGAGUACGACAGCCUGCUUCUGCGUGUGUACAACGACGACAUGGGCUGGAACGACACGCUGCUGGCGGAGGUGGUGCUGCCGUUCGGGGAGGUGGUGGGCAGCCGGACGGACCCGGACAGCGGCAAGGAGGUCACGGACUUCAGGCGAGCCGACUUCCUGGACAUGCCGUACAAGCGCUUCACGCUGCCGCUGCGGCGGGUGGCCAAGAGGGGAGCCAGGGCCCAGGGCCCCUCCAUGCGUGCCGUCAGCAGCCGGGGCCCAUCCUCCGCCCCCUCCUCCGCUCCCUCCUCCGCCCCUGCCUCCGCCGCCGCCUCCCCCAGCACCCCGGGCAAGGCCUCCAGCCUCCAACGCUUCUUCAACCGCCUCAAGCACAACAAGCGGGAGUCCCCGCUGCAGGGGUCACCGACCCAUGGGUCGGAGCCCGAGGCAGCUGCCGGCGCGCCCCCGCUGGGCGCCCUGCAGCCCUCCUCCUCCACGCGCGUGUCCGGUGGAGCCGUCAGCCCGUUCGAGGACCCCAAGGACGAGAUCGGCAAGAUUGUGUUCAAGGUGGAGUUCGUGCGCUUCAACAAGCCCGAGUACGACGACGUGAGCCGCGAGAAGGAGGAGCGAGCCCGGCGCCGCGACCCGCACCUCAGCAUGUUCCCGCCCGCGCCGGGGCGCUCGCUGGGGGUGGUCCACGGAGGCGGCGGAGGCGCGGGAGCCAAGCUGGCGUAUGGAGUGCUGACUGUACAGCUGGUGCGCUGCCUGGACCUGGCUCCAGAGGGCGCCAAGGACCUGGCCACCUACGUGCGCAUGCUGGUCACCAACGACAUCAAGGACGAGGAGCAGACCAGCAGCACUAUCCUCAACGAGCCCUCCCCGCGCUGGGGCGACAAGUUCGACUUCGUGCUCAUCCCCAGCUCCUCCGAGCUGCACAUCCAGGUGUACAACAAGGCGGGCAUGCUGGGAAAGCUCAUGGGCACCUUCCUCAACUUCAAAAAGGAGGACAACAAGGACACGCGGCUGGGCCAGGUGCUCAUCCGAGUGGAGGACGUGGCUCGCAACGGGCGCAUCAAGGAGGUGUGGUCGCUGCAGGACGCGGAGCGCGGAUACAUCGAGCUCAGCCUCAGCUGGCAGACCUGCCACUUGUCGCUGGACCAGCAGAGGGUGUGAGCGGCGGGUGCGGCAGCAGCAGCAGCAGCGGGAAGGGGAGGAGGAGGAGCAGGAGGAGCAGCAGGAGCAGGAGGAGGAGGAGCAGUGAACAUAGGAGGUUGUGCGAUAUAUAUGAUGGGGCUGUAAAGAAGGGCGCGGGUGUGUUUCGGGUUUGGGAUCAUACUCGUAGGCAAGUACUUUAGGCGUAUAGCCGUCCAUAUAUAUCGGUCCUGAAGCCUUGCCCCUGCCCGUGAGUGCAGCUGCGUGUUUGUUAUUUCAAGCUGCCACAUUGGAGUCUUGUAGAUGUAGCAUCCGCAUUGGUGCGUGGAGGUGUGGCGGUGGUCUGGUGGAAGGGCAGGUUGUAGGGUGCCGGCCAUCCUACACGCCGCUACUGGCCUUACUGCUCCAUGAGCUGGUUGAGAAAAGCAAUUCUGCGAGCAGCAUGCAGCACCUUUCCGUGUUCCCUGCCCUUGACCACUGCUCAUAAUUCUUUGUACAGUGAACGCUGUUGCAGCUAAUGGCAGGGCAAUUGUUAAGACUCUUAUGCAUGACUGGGAUUCGAUUUGGCCUUGCGUUAAUCGGAGGUCCGGAUCUGUAGCAGUGGAGAGUCUGGAUGGGUGGGUGUCUUUUUGCCGUUUUCAUCUUUCUUGGGUUCUUCUGUCAGGCGGCAGGGCUGCUGGUCUGUCGCGCACCAUGAUGACGAACGGGACGCCAACUAACGGUCAUGCAUGUUAUGGGGUUCUCUGGUUGUCUUUUGCAUCCAUGCAGGCAUGCAUGCAGUUUUGGCGGGGAAAGAGCAACUACCAUGGUGCUUGCACCUUGGUUUGCCUGGGUUCAAUGGCCUGAGCGCUCCUCGACGUCACCGGUGUUGCAUUUCUUGUGGGGGAACCUGGGUAUAAGAGCAAGGAUAGCAAACGACCGUUCGUGGGCUGAACAACUUGAGGAUACGGUAGCUGUCAACUUGAGUCCUGUACCGCAAGGCAGGGUGAGUACUGACGGGAUAGCAUGGGGGGAACCUCAGUAGGUCUGUGCAUCGUUGGAGCACACGGGAGCCAUGCAUACAUCGUGCGGUGCGGUUUUUAUUACGGUUGCAGCAGGGUUGAUUAGGGCAGUGGAAUGCAGAUGGCGGUGUGCGCAGGCAGAGCCUUUGUGGCUCCUGGUCAUCAUGCAUUCUAGGGCUGCAUUCUGCAUGUGGCCCCAGGAUGGUUGCGUCUUGCACAGAGCAACGGUACACUGUGCAGGGCUGAAUAAAUAGAGCGACCCGUGGGUCCGACUUGUAA